AUGGCGUCCGAAUCCAGCAAAAAGAGAAAAUUCAAGGAUUCGAAGGGGCCGAAGCCUGAUGAGGCUGUUGCCAAGCCCUCAAAGUUCAAAAAGCUGAAGCGGGAUCCUACUCCUGAGGAGAGAGAGACGAGCGAUUCAGAGAGCGGCAACAGCGACGGCCAACAUGAACCUGAUCAGGUUGAUAGCGAUGGCGAGGACGCUGUCUCUGAUGAUGGCAGCUUUGAUGAGAAGGUCGCUCAUCAGGAUGAAGACGGUUCCAGGCCCGAGAACGGCACCGAUUUGGAGGAUGUCCCCAAGAACGACAACCUUCUCCCACCUCCUACAAAUGCUCAAGAGUUCUCAGAGCUGAACCUUUCCGAGAAGACAACGAAGGCAAUCGCCGAGAUGGGAUUCACUAAGAUGACUGAAAUUCAACGGCGAGCCAUUCCUCCUGCGCUUGCCGGCAAGGACGUCCUGGGCGCGGCAAAGACAGGUUCCGGCAAGACUCUUGCCUUCCUCAUUCCGGCUGUUGAAAUGCUUAGCUCACUGCGUUUCAAGCCCAGAAACGGUACUGGCGCUAUCGUGGUGACACCUACCCGCGAGCUAGCCCUUCAGAUCUUCGGCGUUGCGCGCGAGCUGAUGAAGUAUCAUUCGCAAACCUAUGGUGUUGUCAUUGGUGGGGCCAACCGUCGCGCUGAGGCAGAGAAGCUGGGGAAAGGCGUCAACCUCCUCAUUGCCACUCCUGGUCGCCUACUCGAUCACUUGCAAAAUACCCCUUUCGUCUUCAAGAACCUCAAGUCGCUGAUCAUCGACGAGGCAGACCGCAUUUUGGAAAUAGGUUUCGAGGAUGAAAUGCGCCAGAUUGUCAAGAUUCUGCCCAAGGAGGACCGUCAAACCAUGCUCUUUUCUGCUACUCAGACAACCAAGGUCGAGGACUUGGCGCGCAUCUCACUGCGCCCCGGGCCCCUCUACAUCAAUGUCGACGAAGAAAAGAAGUACAGCACAGUUGAGGGUCUGGAGCAGGGUUAUGUUGUGGUCGAGGCUGACAAGCGCUUCCUCCUGCUUUUCUCGUUCCUUAAGAAAAUGGCUAAGAAGAAGAUCAUUGUCUUCUUCUCGUCAUGCAACUCGGUUAAGUAUUACAGUGAGCUACUGCAGUACAUCGACUUGCCGGUUCUUGACCUUCAUGGCAAGCAGAAGCAGCAGAAGAGAACCAACACAUUCUUCGAGUUCUGCAACGCCAAGUCUGGAACUCUCAUUUGCACGGACGUCGCAGCCCGUGGUCUCGAUAUUCCUCAAGUUGAUUGGAUUGUUCAGUUCGACCCUCCGGAUGAUCCGCGCGACUAUAUCCACCGCGUCGGUCGGACAGCCCGUGGCAACAAUGGUAAAGGUCGUUCGCUUCUUUUCCUGCAGCCUUGUGAGCUCGGUUUUCUGGCGCACCUUAAGGCUGCGAAGGUGCCUGUCGUCGAAUACGACUUCCCCAAGAACAAGAUCCUCAAUGUGCAGUCCCAGCUUGAGAAGCUCAUCAGCACCAACUAUUAUCUGAAUCAGAGCGCCAAAGAGGGCUACCGGUCGUACAUCCACGCCUACGCUUCCCACAGUCUGCGCAGUGUCUUCGAUGUCCACAAGCUGGAUUUAGUUAAAGUUGCGAAGGUCGGUGACAUCCCGGAUCCUCAGCCCAACACAUUUGGCUAA